ACCUUACUCUGUUUGAUUCACCACCACCACCACCACCACCACCACCACCACGUCGCCGCCAAAUCUUCUUGCGUCUUCCUUUCUCCAUAAUCACAUCCACCGACGCCGCCCGCCCGCCCACGCCGAGCUUCCCUUUCCUCCUCCUCCGACCUUUCCCCAUCCUCUCCCUCUUUCUUCUCCUUCGCCCUCGUGAUCGGAAGCGUGCCUUUCGCUCACCGCCGGGUCUGCGCUCACCCCGACGACUUUUUCACGUCCGCCAUCCGGUCUGGGCACGUCCUCCGUUGGGUAGGUACGUGCCGUCACCUGGUCUGCCACCGCAGGGCGGGUUGGGCUUUACGAAAACCUCUUUUGUUUGUCCGCGUCCCCCCCGGGUCCGUCCAUCGCCUAGUCCAUCGCCUCCGCCGCAUGACCGGCCUGCCGAGUCCUCCCUCUCGUCGUCGACGAUCCGUUCGCCUCCUCGCAUCUCUCCGCCGUGGCUAGGCCGACGCCGCCAGACGCCGCCCGGCCAUCGACUCUUCCCGCCACCAUGGCUGCUCCGCGACGCAGGAGAAUCGGCCAUCGGCGCCGUGUCGAGGACGAGGGUGACGACGACGGCCGCACCGACGCUCCCGACCUCGAUGACGAGUCCCUCAGCGACGGUUCGCUCCUGACCGAUGACAUUGACGCCGGCGAGGAUAGCGAUACGAGCAACAUCGAUGAGGCGUCGCCAACUGCGCCCGAAGCUAAAAAGUCGGCAAACGGCGCGCCAAAGGCCGCUUCGCGCCAGCCUGCCAGCCAGGACGCCCAGCCCGCCAGCAGCAAGGGUUUUUCAGACACAGAAGCGAUGCUGCACGGCUUGUCCAUCGCCGACAAGCCCGCCCCGGCCCAGGCGAUGCAUUUCGAUGAGGUCGUUGUGUCACCGCCCAAGUCCCCAUCGGCUCCCAUCAUCGUGAGCUCUGCAUCGGCCCCCCGGCCGCAACCUACCACGCAGGUCGACCGUCGCCGCCAGGAACACGAGGACUACAAGCGUCGGAGAGACGAGGACCCGGCUUUUGUCCCCAACAGAGGCUCUUUCUUCAUGCACGAUCAUCGUCAUGCUGGUCCUGCCGCCAAUGGCUUCAGGCCGUUUGGCAGAGGCCGGGGAAGGGGUGGCCGCGGCGGCGCCGUCGUUGGCGGCCCCUUUUCUCCCUUCAACAAUCACAUGCAUCACCCGUCAGAUCCGACGACAAACUCGCCGUGGACCCACGACAUGCACGAAGCCGUUACUGAACCGAUUCCUCGCCGGCCCCGACAGAUCCAGCAUCAGGGCGAAGGACCGCCCAACGGCAACGGCGUUAUCCCGACGUGUGAACCUAGUGCCACACCCAUCAACCGGACGCUUUCGACGGAAAAGCACAUCGGCAACGCACAGGUCAGGGUCUUCCUGCCGCACAUGAAGGCUCCCGCCAUCUUCCCAGGCAUGCCUGUCAAGCAGUACACGAAGCUGCCUGACCACCGCCCUCCUCUGCGGAGGGACAAGCCUGUUCGGAUCUCCCUGCCAGACAAUCUGCCGCGAUACAUCUUCCCGGCCCCGGACCGGUCCUUCACCUUUAUCCCGCGUGCCCUGCGGCCCAACCAGCAACGCAUGCGUGGCAAACCUCGCUCUGCCUGGGGAGGAUCCGUCGGCGGCUACUCGAGACGCACCAGUGUUUUUGGAGGCGGUAGUUACUACGCGGGAAGUGUGUACACCCCAAGUGUGGCUAUGAGUAGGCGAUCGUCGAUUGUCCACGAGCGGGACAUGAUGUUUUCGCCCACGGGUUCGGUCAUGUCGAGGCCACCGAUGCCUGCUGAUGCAGCCAGGCCGGUUGUCCGGCUGCCGCCCGCUCCCGGACCCGAUAUGCAGAUGCAAAUGCCGGGACAGCCUGUGGAGCCCAUUCCGCAGCACGGAACGCCCAUCGUCAUGCAGGAGGCAUCGAUCACUGAACUGCCGCAGCCGCAAACGCACCCUCUUCCGCAGAAGCCUGCCGCCCACGAGAACCGGCCCGCGUCGCUACCGAUGCACCAGCCCCGCCCACAGAAGAACAUCUCCGUCGCGGACAUUGAGCCGCCCGCGCUACUCCAGGGACCCCCGGCCUUCCAGCAGCCGUUCCAUCAGCAGGUUCCCGUGCAGGUGGCCAAUGGGCUCGGUCAGGACGCGCAUGGGCACGCACGGCGACCAUCGUACCCAUCCCACCAUUCGACGGGGACGCCGCUCUCCCAAAUUCCGGAGAGGGCGAUUCACGCGGCACCCUUCCAGCCCAACGCGUACAAUCAGUCGCCGUACUACAACCAGGCCUAUCAGCCCCAGGGACAAGCACAGCAGGGCUACUACUACCCGCCUGGUUAUUCCGGUCCCGCAAUGGGUGCGACUGCGGCAGCUCCCUCUUUCGUCCCGGCGGCGCAGCACGGUAGCUACACCCCGCACAACCAGGCAGAGCAGGCUGCGCCAGGCGGCAUGCCCAACCCGGCGUCGGGGUCGAGCCUUGUGGCACAAGAGGUCAACGGUAUGGUCUACUACUACGAUGCGUCUCAGAUCCAACCCGUUGGCUCCUACCCGCCCUAUUCGGCGCCGCAGGCGUUCCAGCCGAACGUCAUGGGGAUGGGGGGAGGCAUGGUUACGCCGAGUCCGGAUGCUUUCUACUACCCCCAGCAGGCGCCAGGCAUGGUGUACUACCCUCAGUAGGGUUCUUGGGCCUUGUGAUGCCCUUGCAUCUGGUUGUCGCCGGCUGAGGUCACUUUCAUUACCUCCUUUCCACUUCGAUCUAAUACCCACCUACCUACUUACCUACUACUUACCUACAUCGUGACGCCGCACAUUGAUUGGAGUGAAGGGAUAAGGGUCUGCUUUUGGGUCCAGGAAGCCUUUGGGAUAUUCGUUGUUAUCAGCCGCCACUGUGGGGUGGGCCGCACAAAAUCAUGAUUUCUUGCCGUCGCUGUUCUUUGAGUACCGUUAUUGUGUGGAAGAAGCUGCCGGGGUUGCCAGGUAAAGCCCGGCUCGGGUUCGCGGAGCGCGUUGCGUGUAGGGGGCUUGUCAUUUCGUUGGGCAUGGUGGCCUUGUUUGCCUUGCGUCAGAGGCCGGGUGGGUUUGGAUGACGCACUCGGCCGAGUCGCCUUGAUAUCGCUUGCCCUGGGGAGGACGGAGCCGUGCUUUACUUUCGUUGGGGGAGUGUACGAUGGCAUGUUUGUAGUGGCAGAGGGGAGACUGACGCGGGGUACGAUGCGUGCGUUGGGGUGCGGUGCGAUAUCAUUAGCACGUGGGGAGGCGGGCUUGCUUGUCGAUUGUUUGGGGCUCUGGCGGUGAUGGAAGCUCGCCCACUUGCAGUUUCCUUUUUUGACAUCCCUUUCCAGUCGUUUGCUUUUGCCAAUUCAGAUUCAUCCUCUUGCUUUAGCUGUCUGCUCGCCAGGCCACGGGCCGUCGGGACGACGUUUGGGCUGGUUUGAUUUGGAUGGAGCUGCUCAUGGCACCGGCGUUGUGGGUGUUGGGGGAGCAUGACACUGUAGUCAAACAAAAAAAACAAGGGCUCAUGUUUCUUGCCGCCGGUUUUCAUCCCGUGUGCGCCCGCGAGGCCGGUCGUGAUGGUGGAAGUGGCGGUUGACCGUGGUGAAUGCUCUGAUGCAGCAGCAGGGUAUGUUCUGGGGUAGGAUGAUGAUAUCCAUGCAUGCACUGGUCAGAACGGGGACUGUUUCCCAUAGAAUUCCU